UUAGCCCACCUUUUAUUUCAAACUUAGGCUAAUACGGCGUCGUAUUGAGUGCUUUCAAAAUUUUAUUUGAUUCCCUUCUUUUCCUUGCUUAGUUCUCCUCCCACUCCUGCAAGAAGAGAAAAUUGCAGGUGUAGCCGUCAAUGGCUUUAAUCAAAUCGAAGCUGCGCGUACCCUACUCGUCGUCUCUCUUUAAUUUUUCGCUUAAACCCUUUUCUUCUACUACUUCAGAUGAGCUAAACGACGUCGAAUCAACAACUCCACUCGCCGCUUUAUCUCCCGAGGAAACCACGCUAGUCGACAAAAUUCAUUCUCUACUAAAAGACCAUCACCGGAGCAACCCAAACCCAAGCCUAAACCCGACUCCACCGGAUCCUGACUUCACCUCUCCGUCUCUCUCCCUCGACUUCUCCCAAAUCUCCACCCUCCACGUCGCCUCCAUCUCCUCCUCCCUCGUCCGCCACGUCAUCAAGAAAUGCGCCAGUGUUCGUCACGGCAUCCCUCACCUCCAAGCUCUAGCCUUCUUCAACUGGGCCACGCGUCAAGACGGGUUUAUACAGUCACCUGAACCCUACAACGAGAUGGUGGAUCUUGCCGGUAAGGUUAAACAAUUCGAUUUGGCGUGGCAUGUUAUUGAUUUAAUGAGAGCUAGAAAUGUUGAAAUUACUAUUAUGACCUUUUCCAUUCUCAUUCGCCGUUACAUUCGCGCCGGAUUGACUGCUGAGGCUCAACUUGCUUUUAGCCGGAUGGAGGAUUAUAACUGUAAGCCUGAUAAGAUUGCAUUUUCAAUUCUGAUUAGUUACCUGUGCAGAAAAAGAAAAGCUAGUGAAGCUGAGAAUUUCUUUAAUAGUUUGAAGCAUAAAUUUGAGCCUGAUGUCAUUAUAUACACAAACUUAAUUAGAGGAUGGGGUCGGGCCGGAAAGAUAGAGGAAGCCGAAAGGGUAUUUAGCGAAAUGAAAAUGGCUGGUGUUUCGCCUAAUGUUUAUACGUAUAGCAUAGUUAUCGAUUCUUUGUGUAGAUGCGGCCAAAUUACUCGUGCUCAUGAUGUUUUCGCAGAGAUGAUUGAUGUUGGAUGUCAACCAAAUUCUGUUACUUUUAAUAAUCUUAUGAGAAUUCAUGUGAAAGCCGGUAGGACUGAAAAGGUUUUGCAAAUUUAUAAUCAAAUGAAAAAACUUGGGUGUGCUCCCGAUGCUAUUACGUAUAAUUUUCUUAUCGAGACUCAUUGUAAGGAUAAGAAUCUUGAUGAUGCUAUGAAGGUGCUUAAUUCUAUGGUUAGGAGAGGGUGUAAUCCAAAUCCUUCUACGUUUAAUACUUUAUUUGGGUGUAUCGCGAAGUUAGGAGAUGUCAAUGGUGCUCAUAGGUUAUAUAGUAAGAUGGAUGAGUUGAAAUGCAAGGGUAAUACCGUGACUUACAAUAUUAUGAUGCGAUUGUUUGCUGAAUCUAAAUCGACAGAUAUGGUUCUUAAGAUGAAAAGGGAAAUGGAUGAGAAUGAUGUUGAGCUUAAUGUGAAUUCAUACCAGGUAUUGAUUUCAAUGUUUUGUCGAAUGGGGCAUUGGAAAAAUGCCUAUAAAUUAUUUAGAGAGAUGAUUGAGGAGAAGUGCUUGAAACCAAGUUCGCAAGUUUACGAGAUGGUUUUAGAGCAGCUGAGGAAGGCAGGUCAGUUAAAGAAGCAUGAAGAAUUGGCAGGGAAGAUGGUCGACAGGGGAUUUGUUGCUCGCCCUCUAUAGUCGAAUAAUUGGUUCUUAUAUCUUCACUUCUUCUCAGGAAUUCAUGUUUUUUAGAUGCCGGACGCUAGAAUUUAUUCAUACAUUUUGACAUUUAAGUUUCAAGCAUUUCUUUAUGGAAACUGUGCGAUUUCAGCUAAAUUAUGUAAUCUUCGUCACUUUAUGUAUGUGUAUUUCUUGCUGAUAUAUGUAUACUUAUUUGGAGA